ACUUAUACUGUACAGCACACCAGUUGUUAUGGGCAACUGUUGCCUAGCAACAGUAAAAUGGCUUCUUCUGAUUCUGACCUUGCUGAAUGUUACAACUUUGAGUCAAGCUGGGUAUUGUCAGGUGCAAAAACUCUCCCGCGAUGAAGUUCCGGCGCCAUGCAACCAGAUCCUGUCCAUGAUUGUCAACUCGUUCACCUUGGAUAAGGUCAAGUCGAACUUCAGUGAGGACAUGACAAACGAACAAAUGCAACAACUCAUUAUUGGCGCGGAUGACACAGUCACCUGCUACUUCUACAAGCAAUAUGAGACGACGGUGCAACAAUGCUGUGACGGUUGGAUCGGGCAAUCCUGCAAUAUAGCGUCCUGUGAUCCCGAGUGUGAAAACGGAGGCUACUGCUUCGAGCCAAAUAGCUGCCACUGCCAACAUGGUUAUGUCGGUUAUGUCUGCAGUGAUCUUGCGGCCCAGGAAAACCAACACGAACGGUACUGUUACGCGAGCAAUGACUGUAACGGUCAACGAUUGGCGCUCUACAAGGAUUCGACAGUGGCCAAGGAUAACUGCUGCGCCAGCGGCGGCUCCGGCUGGGGAGUCAGCGGUAUACAAUGUGACAAGUGCCCUACAGGAACUGGAAAGGGCCUGUCGUCCGUUGACUUCUCUACAUGUUUGAAUUUUGGGCUCGCAUAUUUCCGCACAUUUGACGGCCUUGAGUACGAAUUUAUGGGAAGAUGCACGUACAUUUUGGCGGAAAACAAGCAGAAAGCUUGGCACGUGGAAGUUACACCCGUCAACUGUGAUACAUUUGCGACGUGCACCAAGAGGGUUAAAGUGUACCGUGACCAGGGAGAUUCGGUAACGACUGAGGGUCGAAGCAUCUGGGUGAAUGGAAUUCUUGUCCAACCACUAAACGGCGAACCAUAUCUGACUCCCAACAGAACAUUCACAAUCAACUACAACGGUAUUUGGACGCACAUAUGGGGCGCUUUUGGUUUGCAGGUGCGCGUUGACUAUGACAACACAGUUUACGUCACAGUCGAAAAGAACAAGAUAAUCGAUGACACAAUCCAAGGACUCUGUGGAAAUCUGAACGAAAUUGGAACUCGAGAUGACGAGUUCAUCUCCCGAGUCGGGCUGAUCGCAAGUAGCGCGGCUGGAUUCGGCAAUUCUUGGAAGGCAGUGGAUAGCCCAUAUGUGUGUGAGGACGCCGGCUCGGUGCUACACCACUGCGACACCGCUUAUGUAGAAUGGAUUUUAAGGGCCGAGAGCGAAUGCUCCAUCCACAAUUCUUCCGAAUUCGCUGGCUGCAACGAUAUCGUUUCCCCAGACACGUGGUUCACCAUGUGUCGGAACUACUUUUGUGGCGCAAGCACUGAAGAAGAAGGACAUGCCGCGAAAUGUCAUUCCGCCGAGAUGCACGCUCGCGAGUGUUCCGACCACGGGGUAAUGGUUCAGUUUAGGGCGGAAGCGGAUUGUCCAAAACAAUGUCCAAUCGGUUUCGAGUAUUCUGAAUGUAUGUCGCCAUGUCCACGCACUUGCAAAACACUUCACGAGGAGCUGCCGGCCUCGUGUAUGUCAUCUUGCGAGACUGGAUGCCGGUGUCCGGACGGAAAAUACCUGCAGGACGGCGUGUGCGUACUUCCGGACGAGUGCGAGUGUGACUAUCACAAGACGCGCUACAAGAGCGGUGCUACCCUCACCAUAUCAUGCAAUACCUGUAAAUGUGAGCGAGGUCAAUGGUCGUGCUCGGAACACAAGUGCAGCGCCACCUGUAGCGUGUACGGUAUGUCGCACGUGCGUACGUUCGAUGGCAAGGAGUACGAAUUUGUGGCAACACCCUGUGAAUACCACCUGGUUCAGCCGGUAGAUGAGAUAAUUGACGACCAGCGCUACGACCUCAAGAUUGAGCUAUUCCAUACGAAGUGUGGACAAAACUUGCUCGACGGCCUCUACUGUAUUGGAGGCAUCCGUCUUCAAACCAUGGACAACAACGUUACCAUCCGUGGUGGAAUUCUUGACGCGCCAGACAUACUCCUUAUCAAUGACGUCGAUUAUUCCGGAACAAUUAACGUUCAGCCGUACAUUUCACGUCAUAUUUACGUCAAACAGGCAUCAUCACUAUUCAAGCUGAUACGUGGAUUUGGGUUCCGGAUCUUGUACGGGUUUAGGAGAAUCUAUGUCAGUCUGGAUCCGUUCUUUGAUAACCGGGUCCAAGGCCUGUGUGGAAAGUUCAACUAUCGCGCCGAUGAUGAGUGGACGAUGCCCAAUGGCGCGCUCGCUUCAAAGGCGGGAGACUUCGUUGGAAACUAUAUGUUCCCGAGCACGUGUACGCAGCACGGGAACCCCGUGGACGUCCAGUGUGGAGGCGAUAACACAACAACAUUUGUUGAUAGCGCGUGCAUGCCGCUCUUAGAUAAUGAAGAUAUGUGGGCGACGUGUCGGGACUUGGUCGAUUUCAACGCCUACUACCACAAGUGUAGGCGAGAUUCUUGUGGUGUCAGUCAUCUUAACAACUUUGUGCCUUCGUGUAUCAUAAUGUCUGUUGCGGCCCGGGAAUGCGCGUCUAAGGGUGCAGACGUGAAUGAUUGGGUGAACCAUCAUUCUAUCCAAGGCCGAUGCGAAACGUAUACGCUCUGUAACAACGUCUACCCGGGUUCCCAAUACCACGAAUGUGCGUCGGCUUGUCGCACGCAUUGUAGAGAUAUGGAGCUGGCUGACAGCGCCUGCCUGGAUGAGUGUAUCCCUGGAUGCCAUUGCCCAGCCUCACAGCUGAUAAGCGAUGAGGCGACGUGUGUAAAUGUUGAGGAGUGCACCUGCUAUGACAAACUCGACACUACUCAGCAUAUACGCUCUGCGGGAAGCAAUGUGCAGCGCUUAUGUGAGAACUGUACAUGUACAAAUGGCGCUUGGGACUGCACGGAAUUGCCCGGAUGUGACGUUACAGUAAUUUGCCCGCAUAAUCUGACGUACUAUCAAGAUUCGCAUGUAUGUCAACACUCUUGUGUUGACGCAAACGAUGCAUGCGAUCUGAACUACGAGUUUACAGGAUGUGGGUGUCCCGAAAACUUUGUUAUGUCGCCGGAGGGAGUUUGCAUUGAGUCCCAGCAUUGCCCAUGCCAGUAUAACUAUGCCUGGUACCAGCAAGGCGCAUUGAUCCACCUCGGCUGCAAAACAAUGCGAUGCGAACAACAAAAAUGGGUUGUUGUAAGCGAGACGGACUGCGCAGGUACAUGUUGGUCUUCGGGAGACCCUCACUACUAUACCUUUGACGGGAAGGAGUAUUCGUUCCAAGGCGAGUGUACAUAUAAACUGGUCGAUGCCAUGGAUGGGACUUUUCAGGUUAUUGUAGAAAACAUCCCCUGUGGUACCACUGGCGUCACCUGUACGAAGAAAGUUACCCUGAAAUACCUCCAGAAUGAAGUAGUAAUGGUUAGAGGCAUUCGGCCUACCAUUAACAACUUCACCUUACCAUCGGACGAAUACACGUACGGUAAUAUUGAGCUUACGAGGGCGGGCUUGUGGUUCUUUGUGAAGAUAGAUGACGACAUCACAGUGCAGUAUGAUGAAGGUACACGUGUGGUUGUCCAUCUUAACCAGCGAUGGCAAGGCCAUGUGACAGGACUGUGCGGAAACUUCAACGGGGAUAAGGAGGACGAUUUCGGUGACGCUGCAAAUGCCGUGGAGUUUGGAAACAAAUUCAAAACCACGACACAAUGCGCAGAUGUUCAAACGGUUUCUCCCGUGGAAAUGGAGCCAUGCUAUAGUGUGGAACACCGUAAGAUCUGGUCCCAGGACUCGUGCAUGAUUAUCAAGGCCGGGGAGACUUUUGCGGAGUGCAGGAAUGUCGUGGACGAAACCACCAUGAACAUGGCGUAUGACGAAUGUCUCUUUGACGCAUGCAGGUGCGACAAGGGCGGUGACUGUGAAUGUCUCUGUACGGCCAUUGCAAACUUCGCUGAAAUGUGCAACCAACAUGGCGUCCCGGUGAAGUGGAGGACUCAAAGCCUAUGCCCGAUGCAGUGCGAGAACAGUUACGAAUACAGCCCCUGUGGCGCCCCAUGUCCUCAGACGUGCCACAAUAUAGGAGACGAGCCUGCAGACUCUUGCAUCGCUACUUCCUGUGUUGAGGGCUGCUUCUGUCCCGAGGGAUAUGUCCAGUCCGGUGACUCAUGUAUUCCUGCGACGGAGUGUCCAUGUUACCAUGACAACGUACAAUAUCCUGUCGGCACAGUCAUUAUCGUGAGCAGAUGCGAAAACUGCACAUGCGCACACGGGAAAUUCCUGUGCAAGCUGGAUAACUGCACAUGCGCAGACGACGAAUUCCUGUGUAAUAAUGGCGACUGUGUCAACUCCACACUGGUUUGUGAUGGACACCUUGACUGUUUCGACGGCUCGGAUGAAGUUGAUUGUGCUUGUGAGGCAGGAAUGUUCCAAUGUGAUAACGGUGACUGUGUUUUCCCGGGUGAUGUCUGUAACGGAAUUGAAGAUUGUGCAACAGGAGAGGAUGAACGCGAUUGUGCCACCACGUGUCAAACAAACGAGUUCCAGUGCGAUAAUGGGCUAUGUAUAUCCCUGGAGCGCCAUUGUGAUGGACAUAAUGAUUGUGGUUCAUUUGACGACUCAGAUGAAGCCGGAUGCAUAUCUACGUCUGUGUCGACUCCCGUUGUCACGUCUUCUGUAUCAACAUCAUCUACAUUAACGACGCCCUCGCUUACAGCAUCUCAGACAACCCUUGAAACAACACACCCUUCAUCUGCCACCACAGGAGUUGGUACACAAACAUCGACAGUUUCUCAUCAGACAUCGGCGUCUUCGUCGUAUGGUACCACGCGUCUAACAACACAACGGUCUCCUUCUAUGGAGGCUGGUGCAGAUGCAGGGGCAGGGGCAACAGCCGUACCGGUAUAUCCGGAGGAAGUUUUAACAGAAGCGCCAGUGAUCACUAAUCCAAUCUUUGGCAUAUCAACUCCCAGCACUCUGUGGUCAGGUUCACCUGGGGUGUCUCCAGCAUCAACAACUUCAACGCCGGGGUUGAUUUCUGCGUCAACAACUUUUCCUUCUGGAGUGUCUUCUACUACAUCAACUGUCUCUUCUGGCAUGCCCACUAUGUCAACACCCUGUACAAUGGUGCUUGAUGCUAACGCACCGUCGUGCUCGCUGGAACUAUCCGUCGUGGACGAGGACAAUUGUUCCGCCCCCUGUGACGCUCUGGCAAACUCAAACACUUCAUGGAUUGUACACGUACACCCAGAAGAUAUGAAACCAGUCUAUUUAAACAUUACAUUGUUUAGCGGAAUAACAGUCAACGUGCGAAGUGUCGAGUUCACAAUAACGAACGUGCGUGCUACCGAUCUGUUCAUGUAUACUGACGUCAGUCAAAUGGAACUUGUAUACAUGAAAACGACCAAUCACUCCGACAGUUCUCACAAUCAACUUUUUAAAAUAAACAAAAAUGGAUCCAGUCUAUCCCUGCAUAUUUUACCAGCUGAUGCAACAGCAACAGUUUUCCUCAACAAUUUAAAAAUUGUGACUGACUGCAUGGAUAUCUUACCAAAUAAAUCACAUUGCGUAAUGUGCACUCCAAGCAGAAACGAGGAAACGACAUUAAGGACACCAGGGACAACAGUUACAACAGCACCAGGGGCAGCAGUUACAACAACACCAAAUACAGGAAUUACAACAGCACCAGGGACAGCAGUAACAACAGCACCAGGGACAACAGUUACAACAGUACCAGGGACAGCAGCUACAUCAGCACCAGGGACAACAGUGACAACAGCAACAGGGACAGUAGUAACAACAUCACCAGGGACAGCAGCUACAACAGCAGUUACUGCAGCACCAGGGACUACUGUUACAACAGCAUCAGAGACAGCAGUUACAACAGCACCAGGGACAGGAAUUACAACAGCACCAGGGACAGCAGUUACAACAGCACCAGGAACAAUAAUUACAACACCACCAGGGACAGUAGUAACAACACCACCAGGAACAGUUGGUACAACAGCACCAGGAACAGCAGUUACAACAGCACAAGGGACAGCGGUUACAACAGCACCAGGGACAGGGAUUACAACAGCACCAGGGACAACAGUUGCAACAGCACCAGGGACAGGAAUUACAAAAGCACCAGGGACAGCAGUUACAACAGCACCAGGGACAGGGAUUACAACAGCACCAGGAACAGCAGUUACAACAUCACCAGGGACAGCAGUUACAACAGCACCAGGUACAGAAGUUACAACAUCACCAGGGACAACAUUUGCAACAGCACCAGGGACAACAGUUACAACAGCUUCAGGGACAGGAAUAACAACAGCACCAGGGACAACUGUUACAACAACACCAGGGACAGUAGUAACAACAGCACCAGGGACAGCAGCUACAACAGCUCCAGGGACAGCAGUAACAACAGCACAAGGGAAAGCAUCUACAACAGCACCAGGGACAACUGUUACAACAUCAUCAGGGACAGCAGUUACAACAGCACCGGGGACAGGAAUUACAAUAGCACCAGGGACAGUAGUUACAACACCACCAGGAACAGUUGGUACAACAGCACCAGGUAGAGCAGUUACAACAGCACCAGGGACAGGGAUUACAACAGCACCAGGGACAACAGUUACAACAGCACCAGGGACAGGAAUUACAACAGCACCAGAGACAGCAGUAAUAACAACACCAGGGACAGUAGUUACAAAAGCACCAAUGACAACAUUUACAACAGCACCAGGGACAACACACCAGGGACAGCCAUUACAACAGCACCAGGAACAGCAGCUACAACAGCAGCAGGGACAACACACCGGGGACAGCAGUUACAAAAGCACCAGGGACAGAAGUUACAACAGCACCAGGGACAGGAAUUACAACAGCACCAGGGACAACAGUUUCAAUAGCACCAGGGACAACAGUAACAGCAGCACCAGGGACAGGAGUUACAACAGCACCAGGGACAGGAAUAACAACAGUUACAGCAGCACCAGGGACAACAGUGACAACAGCACCAGGGACAGUAGUAACAUCAGCACCAGGGACAUUAGCAACAACAGCUCCAGGGACAGCAGUAACAACAGCACCAGGGACAGCAGCUACAGCAGCACCAGGGACAACAGUGACAACAGCUCCAGGGACAGCAGUAACAAUAGCACCAGGGACAGCAGCUACAGCAGCACCAGGGACAACAGUAACAACACAACCAGGGACAGCAUUUACUGCAGCACCAGGGACAACUGUUACAACAGCAUCAGGGACAGUAUUUACAACAGCACCAGGGACAACAAUUACAACAUCACAAGGGACAGCAGGUACAACAGCACCAGGGACAGUAGUUACAACAGCACCAGGGACAUCAAUUACAGCAGCACCAUGGACAACAGUUACAGCAGCACCAGGGACAUCAAUUACAGCAGCACCAUGGACAACAGUGACAACAGCACCAGGGACAGUAGUAACAUCAGCACCAGGGACAUUAGCAACAACAGCACCAGGGACAGCAGUAACAACAGCGCCAGGGACAGCAGCUACAGCAGCAGGGACAACAGUUUCAAUAGCACCAGGAACAACAGUUACAGCAGUACCAGGGACAGGAGUUACAACAGCACCAAGGACAGGAAUAACAACAGCACCAGGGACAACAGUUACAGCAGCACCAGGGACAUCAAUUACAGCAGCACCAUGGACAACAGUGACAACAGCAACAGGGAGUAUAGUAGCAUCAGCACCAGGGACAUUAGCAACAACAGCUCCAGGGACAGCAGUAACAACAGCACCAGGGACAGCAGCUACAGCAGCACCAGGGACAACAGUAACGACACAACCAGGGACAGCAGUUACUGCAGCACCAGGGACAACUGUUACACCACCAGGAUCAGUUGCUACAACAGCACCAGGGACAGCAGUUACAACAACACCAGGAACAGCAGUUACAACAGCACCAGGGACAGCAGUUACAACAGCACCAGGAACAGAAGUUACAGCAGUACAAGAGACAACAGUUACCACAGCACCAGGGACAGCCAUUACAACAGCACCAGGAACAGCGGCUACAACAGCAGCAGGGACAACAGUAACAAAAGCACCAGGGACAGCAUUUACAACAGCAGGAGGGACAGCAGUUACAACAGCACAAGGGACAACAGUUACCAGAGCACCAGGGACAGCAGUUACAACACCACCACGGACAGCAGCUACAGUAGCACCAGUGACAACAGUUACAACAGCACCAGGGACAGCAGCAACAGCAGCACCAGGGACAGCAGUUACAACAGCACAAGGGACAGUUGUUACAACAGCACCGGGGACAGCAGUUACAAAAGCACCAGGGACAGCAGUUACAACAGCACCAGGGACAGGAAUUACAACAGCACCAGGGACAACAGUUUCAAUAGCACCAGGGACAACAGUAACAGCAGCACCAGGGACAGGAGUUACAACAGCACCAGGGACAGGAAUAACAACAGUUACAGCAGCACCAGGGACAACAGUGACAACAGCACCAGGGACAGUAGUAACAUCAGCACCAGGGACAUUAGCAACAACAGCUCCAGGGACAGCAGUAACAACAGCACCAGGGACAGCAGCUACAGCAGCACCAGGGACAACAGUGACAACAGCUCCAGGGACAGCAGUAACAAUAGCACCAGGUACAGCAGCUACAGCAGCACCAGGGACAACAGUAACAACACAACCAGGGACAGCAUUUACUGCAGCACCAGGGACAACUGUUACAACAGCAUCAGGGACAGUAUUUACAACAGCACCAGGGACAGCAAUUACAACAUCACAAGGGACAGCAGGUACAACAGCACCAGGGACAGUAGUUACAACAGCACCAGGGACAUCAAUUACAGCAGCACCAUGGACAACAGUUACAGCAGCACCAGGGACAUCAAUUACAGCAGCACCAUGGACAACAGUGACAACAGCACCAGGGACAGUAGUAACAUCAGCACCAGGGACAUUAGCAACAACAGCACCAGGGACAGCAGUAACAACAGCGAUCAGUUGCUACAACAGCACCAGGGACAGCAGUUACAACAACACCAGGAACAGCAGUUACAACAGCACCAGGGACAGCAGUUACAACAGCACCAGGAACAGAAGUUACAGCAGUACAAGAGACAACAGUUACCACAGCACCAGGGACAGCCAUUACAACAGCACCAGGAACAGCGGCUACAACAGCAGCAGGGACAACAGUAA